AUGUAUCCUAAUUGUGUUGCUGUUUUUGCUUUUGAUAAUAGCAAUAAUCAUGAUGCAUUUGCUAAGGAUGCUUUAGUAGUAUCAAGAAUGAAUUUUAAACCAAAAGGCAACCAAUUCAAAAUGAGAAAAACUUAUAUGCAAAAUGAAGAACAGCAAGAAAUAGUAUUUUCUGAUAGAACUCCAAAAGGAAUGCGUAAAGUUCUUGAAGAAAGAG